AUGGGUGACGUUUCAUCUGCCAGGUCGCUGUCGCCAUCAGACCCAUUGUACGAAGAAGCUCCUACGGUAGACCUCUCUCAGCUGUCGCCUGAGGAGUUGAAACUCUACAAGCUGUAUGGAAGGCUACCCAAGAAGUCCGAUAUUUUAAACCAGAGGCUGAAGGAGCGCAAAUACUUUGACUCUGGUGACUAUGCCAUGUCAAAAGCAGGUAUAAAACCACAGGAACAGGUGGGUAUCAGCAGGAACCCUCUGAACAACCCCAAGAUCGAGACGAUAUCCAGGAUAAACCGGAACUCGAUAAGCGGGUCCGUGGUUGCCGCGCAUCAAAUUAACGGUGGCAAAUCGCAGCUGGAGAAUGAAGCCACGGAGACUGCCAUUGAUGAUGACGACGAAGAAGAAGCUUGA